CCAUAUAAUAAUUUACAAGAUAUUAAGUAUCUAACAAAAGGUGGUUUUUCUGAAAUUUAUACAGCAAAUUGGAUUAAUGGAAAUUAUGAAGAAUGGGAUUCUAAAAAUCAACAAUUAAAAAGGUUUGGAAUAUAUAAAGUGAUACUUAAAAGUUUAGAAAAUGUUGAAAGUGCAAAUCAAAGUUGGUUUGAAGAGGCUAAAUCACAUUUAACUAUAGGCAAUAAAUUUACAGAAAUUGUCCAAUGUUUUGGUUUAACACAAGACAUAUCAAAUGGAAAUUAUAUGCUUGUAAUGAUGGAAAUGGAUAUAAAUUUAAGAGAAUAUUUAUAUCAGAAUCAUAAUAAACUUACAUGGAAAGAAAGAAUUGAUAUUACUUUUAGAAUAAUUAGUGCACUUUAUUUUAUUCAUGAAGAAAAUGCAAUUCAUAGAGAUUUACAUUCAGGAAAUAUAUUGUAUUCACAAUUUAAUAGCCGAUGGUAUAUUAGCGAUCUUGGAUUUUGUGGACCUGCUGAUAAAUCAUCAAAAUGUAUAUAUGGAAAUCUUCCUUACAUAGCACCAGAAGUUAUUAAUGGAAAAGAAUAUACUUUUAAAUCUGAUAUUUAUAGUAUUGCAAUUCUUAUGUGGGAAAUUUCAUCUGGACAACCACCAUUUAUUAAUCAUGAACAUGAUUAUGAUCUUGUAAUGAAUAUUAUUAAUGGUAUUAGACCAAAAAUUGUGUUAGGAACUCCUGCAGAAUAUAAAAAUUUAAUGGAACAAUGUUGGGAUGCUGAUCCAUCAAAAAGACCUGAUAUUAUUACACUUGAUAAAAAAAUGACUAAAAUUAAUUUAUUUUAUCAAAGUUCGCCAGAUGAAUCAUUUCAAUCAGAAAUAUAUAGGAAUUUAGAACAAGAUAAAACAAAUAGUAGUACAAAUAGCAGACUAUUUACAAGUAAAAUUCAUCAAUUUGAAAAUCUAUCUGAACCAAGAAAUGCAACAGAAGAGGAAUUAGAAGCAUUUCAUAGUAAUAAAUCAUAUGAUUUUAAUAUUCCAAAUAAUAUUGAUGAUUUUAAUAAAUCAAGCAAUCAAAAUAGUAGAACAUCAUCAAAAUUAAAUAGUAUUUUUAAAGCUGGUAGUAAAAAAUUAUCCAAAGUGUUUAAAAAACUACAAAUAAAAGAUGGAUUUAAAUUAAGGAUUAAUUUUAUAUUUACCAGUGGUUAAUUUAAAAUUAAUUCAUCAGUGGUGAAUUUACCUCUGGUGAAAUUCACCAGUAAUAUGAUAAUUUUAGUUUUAUAAGUUUUAUAUUAAUUUUGUUUGUAUUACGUUUUACAAUUUCAU